AUGCCGCUGCCUAUCUUCAAUCCCUUCCACUGGGGCUACCACGGUACCAUCGAACAAGUAUCCAAUCCAAAUGGAACCGUCGCUCUCACUCUGAAAGACGAAAAGAAGCCCGUACAAUUUAGCGAUUUUGUUUCUCGAGAGAUUCCCGGCUUGAAAGACAAGGCCAAGUUUGAAGUCAACCCGCUGUUAUUCACCGGCUAUCUCCAAACGCUGUACCUAGGAGGUGCUGACUUCUCGAAGAGUUUCCCCGUGUACUACGGCAGAGAAAUCGUAAAGUUCUCCGAUGGUGGAAUUUGCACCGCUGAUUGGGUCAUGAAAAGCUGGAAAAGUAAAUACGGCGCAGACACUAGCAGCUUCAAAACGGAUGAGCAGGCCACACAUCCUGAGAACUGGCCUCGCCUUCACCCAAGAACGCGCUUCCUCGAGGAAUCGGAGAAGAAAGAUGUGCACAAUAGCGAGAAGCCGCUAGUUGUUGUGUUGCAUGGGCUGGCUGGCGGCUCGCACGAACCUAUUAUUAGAUCUCUUACACAGGAUUUAUCAAAUGCCGGCGAUAGCAAAUUCGAUGUUGUUGUACUAAAUUGCAGAGGGUGCGCGCGCUCCAAAAUCACCACAAGAAAGCUUUUCUAUGCCGUCUUCACCAGUGACAUCCGCGAGUUCAUAGCCAGAGAAAAGGCGCGUCAUCCUUCCAGGAAGAUCUACGCCGUUGGGUUUUCUUUUGGAGCAACUAUGUUGGGCCACUACCUUGGGGAAGAGGGCGAAAAGGCUCCUAUCGAAGCCGCAUCGUUCUUGUGUAACCCCUGGGACUUAUAUCAGUCAGCACUAAAAAUGAACCAAGAUUGGUGGUCUCGAAACCUCUUUUCGAAGAACAUUGCUCAAUUCUUAAUCAGGUUAGUGAAAGUCAACAUUAAAGAGCUAGAAUUUAAAGAAGGCGACGUGAUGCCUGCAGAACCUGCAAGUUUAGAGCACCCAUCUUUUUGCGUCUUCACAAGCAAAAACUUGCGCAAAGCCCGCGAAUUUGGGUCCACUGCCGAAUUCGACAACCUUUUCACUGCUCCAUGUUUGGGGUUUGACAACGCUAUGGACUACUACAAGGCGUGUGGGUCUAUUCACCAACUGCCUAAUAUAAAGGUUCCCUCGCUGAUCAUCAACUCUAAAGAUGACCCAGUGGUUGGCGAAGAUUCCAUUCCUUACAAAUGCGCAAAAGAAAGCGACAAUCUUGUUCUUUGUGUUUCAGAUCUAGGUGGUCAUUUAGCAUUCCUUGAUAAGAAGUACAACUCUUGGGCCACUUCAAAAAUUGCAGCCUUUUUCGAUAAAUUUGAAGAACUUGUCCAGUAA